UUCACGGUUAGCUCCUCUUUCUCUUUGGCACUUGGUUACACUAUGCCAUGCCUUCCCUUCCCUUGCAAGACUAGGGCAUUCAUUACUCAAUACUCACUCAUCCUCCUAAAUCUCACUACGCUUCUUUGCUAGCUACGUGAUUAGGAUGGCGUUGCAGGAGAAGCUAGACAAGUUCAAGAAGCAGCAAGAGAAGUGCCAAACGACACUUUCGAGCAUUGCAGCUAGUAAGGCCGCGGCAACCCAAAAAUCCGCCGCUCAUGGCUCGGCCAAUGGAAGAAACGCGGCCCCUGCGGUUAAGUUUUCGAACGACACAGAGAGGCUUCAGCAUAUUAAUAGCAUUCGCAAGGCCCCUGUGGGUGCUCAGAUGAAGCGUGUUAUUGAUCUCCUUCUAGAGACACGACAAGCUUUUACACCAGAGCAGAUAAAUGGGGCAUGCUAUGUCGACAUGAAGGCUAACAAAGAUGUCUUUGAGAAUCUGAGGAAAAACCCAAAAGUGAACUAUGAUGGGCAACGAUUCUCUUACAAGUCAAAGUAUGGUCUUAAGGACAAAACAGAGCUUCUUCAACUGAUACGAAAGUAUCCCGAGGGCCUCGCUGUUAUUGACCUAAAGGAUGCUUACCCCACCGUGAUGGAAGAUUUGCAGGCUUUGAAAGCUGCAGGGCAGAUUUGGCUGCUAUCCAACUUCGAUUCACAGGAAGACAUUGCCUACCCUAACGACCCCAAAGUGCACAUUAAGGUGGAUGAUGACCUGAAACAGCUUUUCCGCAGUAUUGAAUUGCCUCGUGAUAUGAUUGAUAUAGAAAAGGAUCUUCAAAAGAAUGGAAUGAAGCCUGCUACCAACACUGCACAGAGGAGGAGUGCAGCUCAAAUUCAAGGCAUUUCUUCCAAGCCCAAGCCUAAGAAGAAGAAGAGUGAAAUCAGCAAGAGAACGAAGCUUACCAAUGCCCAUCUUCCAGAGCUCUUUCAGACUUUAAACAGUUCCUGAUUAACUCUCAGCAAGUGUUGGUGUAGUUCAAAUAGAUACUUUAUCAGCCAGUCUAUAAACUAGAUUAGCAGAGUGAAAUAUUCAGGAGGUUCUUGCUGCUGUGCCCUACUUUUAAUUUCUAUACAUCAAGGCUGCAGCUAAUGGACUAUUGUGGUCUAUAACAACUCGUCUUGUGAAUCCUUGUAUAUUAAAAUCAUGUUGCAUUUAGUUUUCUAGUCUUGUAACUUUUUAUACAUAAAUUAUUAGAUUGGAAGUUCAAUUUUUUUUCUUCAACUUA